AAUUUCUUUUUGUUUUUCGCGAUAGAUUAUCCAGGUUGCGAAAUAACCAAAAGAGAAUCGAAUUUCAUUUCAUCUCAUCUUUUUCUUUUCAUCUUGUUUUCCAUAUUUUCAUUGUCAGUUGAUAUUUAAAUAUCAUGUGGUCUGGAUUGCUUUAACAGCUUUUAUUCUAAAGGUACCACCCCAUCAACAUCUGUGUUUAGUAUGACUGCCAUAGAGGAAAAAGGGUAUUUCUACUCAGGAGAUCCUAUUAUUCGAGAAUGGUCUCUGGUGAAGACAAACUACUGGCCUUUCAUUCUGUGUGCUUCCUAUGUGUUUUUCGUCAAGCGACUGGGUCCUCAUUUCAUGAAAAAUAGGAAACCUUUCGACCUGCGUCGUCUGAUGGUAGUUUACAAUAUGUUUCUAGUGGCUGCUUACUCCACGUGCAUGUUCAAGCUUGCUUACAUAUUCUUCACAACAGAUGUUACAAAAACACUUUGCAAUCCUACGAAGGUGUUAAGAAAUCAUUAUACAUAUACGGCAUGUAGGACAGUAUGGGUAAUUUAUUUGCUGAAAUACAUCGAAUUUGCCGACACAAUAUUUUUCGUUCUUCGGAAAAAAUAUCAUUUGGUCACAAAUCUUCAUGUUAUUCAUCACGGGGUCUUGCCUCUGCUAUUCUGGAGUGGCUUGAGAACAGAAACGAGGGGCUUCAGAGUUAUUCUCAUCUAUAUAAAUUCCACUGUUCAUGCUAUAAUGUACACAUAUUACGGGUUGGCUGCCAUCGGCCCUCAAGUACAGAAAUACUUGUGGUGGAAGGAGCAUUUAACCAGACUUCAAAUGACACAGUUCGCCGUCAUUCUCAUUCUUGGCUUCUUUGGCAGCACAUUGAGCAGGUGCACAAGCUCGAACCGCAACCUUUACUCCGACAUGUUCUUCGCCAUGCUGUUUUUAAUUCUUUUUUAUAACUUCUACACACGAACUUAUGCCAAAAAGGGAAGUAAAAACAAGCCUAGAGGCAAACAUAUUUCAGAAAACGACUCUUCUUUUGUUUCGGAUUGGAUGGACAACUUAGAGUUCUUUGCCAACUUAAGGAAGGACCAUGUCUGAUGCUUGGAGAUGAUUCUUGUAUUUUUCGUAGGAAAAAAUAAACCAUUUUCUAAAGAUGAAAUAGAACUUAAAUAAUGAAGU